CGCGAGAUUCAAAGCAAACUCUGGCCUCCACGCUCGCGCCCGUUCCUCUCCUCGGGCCAUGGCAUCAGCGUCGCAUCUCGCGCGCGCUCCCCGCCCCACCCCGACCUCCUCCUCCGUCGCCGCCGCACUCCUCGCCUCCGUAUCGCCCCUCCCCGCUCGCCGCUUCCUCCAGCUCCACGCGCACCUCCUCCGCACGGGCCUCCUCGCCCUCUCCCCCGCCGCCGCCGCCUCCUCCUUCCUCUCCCUAGCGGCCGCCUCCCUCUCGUCCCCGCGCACGCUCGCCGUCCUCGACCACCACCUCACCCCGGCCUCCCUCCCCUCCACCUUCCGCUGCAACUCCAUCCUCCGCGCCCUCUCCGAUCCCCAUGACGCGCUCCGCUUCCUCCGCCGCAUGCGCGCGCUCGGCCGCCGCGGGAACGCCUUCACCCUGGCCAUCCUCCUCAAGCCCCGCUGCACACUCGCCCAUUCGCGCCAGCUCCACGCCAACGUCGUGGUCGAGGGGCACCUCAGCGACGCCCUUCUGGCUACCUCGCUGAUGAGGAGCUAUGCUGAUUGCGGUGACGGGGGCGGCGCGCGGAAGCUGUUUGACGAAAUGCCGGUGAGGGACACGGUCGCAUGGAACGUUUUAAUCACCUCUUAUGCGAGGAACCGGCGGACAAAGGACGCUCUGAAGAUUUUUGAGGAGAUGAGGGGCAGGGAGAGUGAGGCGGAGCCGGAUGAGGUCACCUGCAUUCUGCUCCUCCAGGCAUGCACAAGCCUGGGUGCACUCGAUUUCGGGGAGAAGGUUUGGGUGUAUGCGGAGGAGCAUGGUUAUGGGGGCGAGUUGAAGGUGCGCAACUCUUUGAUCGCGAUGUACUCGAGGUGUGGGUGUGUCGAGAAGGCAUACCAGGUGUUUUGUGAGACUCCUCGGAAAAGUGUGGUCACAUGGAGUGUGAUGAUCUCGGGGUUGGCAGCAAAUGGCUUUGGGAAGGAUGCUAUCGCAGCAUUUGAGGAGAUGAUUAAAUCGGAUGUUCCUCCUGAUGAGCAAACAUUUACUGGUGUGUUCACUGCAUGUAGUCAUAGCGGAUUACUCGAUGAGGGUUUCAGGUUUUUUGACAUGAUGCAAGAUGAGUACCGAUUGAAGCCAAAUGUUUGCCAUUACGGGUGCAUUGUUGACCUAAUGGGCCGCUCUGGCUUGCUUGAUGAGGCAUACGAGCUUGUGAGCAAAGAGAUGAGGGUUGCACCAGAUGCGACAAUUUGGCGGACUCUUCUUGGUGCUUGCCGAAUUCAUGGUCAUGUUGAUCUUGGGGAGCGCGUGAUCAGUCAUCUAAUUGAACUGAAAGCGCAGCAAGCUGGGGAUUAUGUUCUGUUGUUGAACACUUAUGCAGCAGUGGGGGAUUGGAAGAAGGUAGCAGAAGUCAGGAAGUUAAUGAAGGACAAAGGAAUACAAACUACUCCUGGCUGCACUACUGUAGAGCUUAACGGUGAGGUUCAUGAGUUCAUUGCAGAUGAUGAUACACAUCCAAGAAAGGUGGAGAUUUAUGAAAAACUCAAUGAGAUAAACAGGCAUUUAAGGAUUGCUGGCUAUGUUCCAAAUGUGUCAUCAGAGUUGCAUGAUUUGGAUUCAGAGGGGAAGGAAAGUGUCCUCACCUAUCACAGUGAGAAGCUGGCAAUUGCUUUUGCUCUUCUUGUCACGCCGCAACGCAGACCAAUAAGACUUGCAAAGAAUCUUCGUGUUUGUGUAGACUGCCACAAUUUCACGAAGGUGUUUUCUGGUGUUUAUAACCGGUUAGUUAUUGUCAGGGACAGAACACGAUUCCAUCAUUUUGAGGGAGGUCAGUGUUCAUGCAAUGAUUAUUGGUAGUCCAUGCUUGCCUGUCUGUUGCAUUUACGGUGCAUCACAUGUGAAGUACUCACGUCCACACACGCAUUGGAUGUCAGAGCAACCCUGAAUGCUGGAAUUGGCAGCCUUAACAUCAUAAGCACUUGAAGAGCUUUAGCGUGACGAUAAUAAGUUUUUCACACAAGUGGCUUCUUGUUUGUCUGUUGUCGAAACUCGAAAGUACUAUCAUCGCAUAAGAACCAGAUCCCAAGUAAAUAUAUAAGAAUGAGGUCCUUACAGAGUUACAAUAGGACUCUGGCUCACAGCUGUAUCAGUAUUGGGGAUCUUGCCUACAACAGCAAUAUCCAAGACUCAGCUAUUGACUAGUCAAAAAGAUUGUUUAUACUGGUAAUAGAAACACAAACAGUGCUUAUAAUAGGCAUAAUAUGUUGGCAAGCCGUAAAGAAAUUAAGAACAAGUGGAUAGCUGCGUAA